AUGACGCCACUUCAACUUGCAUUGCCGCCUUCACAACUGCCCAGGCCUUACAGCUGUUCGCCGCUCCUCCGUCUCUCUUCUGUCACCUCCACUGGCCGCUGGUGGUCAGCUGUUGGCACUGCUCCACCUCCUUCGUUGUCCUUCUCCUCCAUCCAGCCAAGUCUCCACCUUCACACUCAUCUAUCUGAGGGGUGCUCUUUCAUUCGAGCUGCUUGGACCCGAAGAUCUCGAAAUGAAGCUGCAAAGAAACCUAACAGGAAAUCAUGGAAGCAGAGGACAGAUAUGUACAUGAGACCGUUCUUACUAAAUGUUUUCUUUUCAAAAAGAUUUAUUCAUGCUAAGGUGAUGCACCGAGGAACAAGCAAAGUGAUCUCUGUCGCUACCACAAACGCUAAGGAUCUUCGAAACUCUCUCCCCUCCUUGACAGAUCACAAUGCUUGUAGAGUGGUUGGAAGGCUUAUUGCCGAGCGAUCAAAGGAGGCUGAUGUAUACGCAUUGGCUUAUGAACCAAAAAACAAUGAAAGAAUUGAAGGAAAUGACUCUGCCCUGGAGUUACUUCAAAAGUUAGAGAAAAGUCUAUAUGAUGUUGGACCUGUGCUUGAUGAUGCUGAGCUGAAGCAGUUUAGUGACAAGAAAGUGAAGAAGUGGCUCGUUGAUCUCCAAGAUGCUUUGUAUAAGGCUGAUGACUUGCUGGAUGAACUCUCCACUAAAGCCGCCACUGCCACUCAAAGAGAUCCAGGUAACUCUUCUCCCUGGUCUCACUAUGUUGAUUCAUGUAUUGAAGAUAGUGGCAUCAAUGUCAUCGAAAAAACAGUUGCCACACUAGAGAGUGCCAAGAUGGACAUCUCGUCAUGGAGAAUUCCAUCCACAUCUCUCGUUAAAAGUUUUGACAUAUUUGGUCGGGACCAAGACAAGGAGAGGAUAAUCAAAUCGCUGUUAGAUGGUACCUGCGAUGCUGAAUCACCUGUGAUUGUGAUCCCCAUUGUGGGUAUGGGUGUGAUAGGAAAAACUACUUUGGCUCAACUGGUUUACAAUGAUGCCAAAGUUAUGGAAAAAUUUGGCACUAGAGCAUGGGUGUGUGUUGCUGAAAAUCCUGACCCUGUUAAUGUUACAAGGACAAUAAUAGGGGCAAUAGAUUCUUUCUCUUGUAAUGUGGAUCAUUUUGAUUCACUUCAAACUGAUUUGAAAGAAAAGCUGACAGGAAAGAGAUUUUUAGUUGUUUUAGACGAUUAUGCAACUCUAGAACCAAUUGGUAGAAAAAUUGUUGAAAAGUGUAAGGGAUUACCUUUGGCUAUAAAGACUCUUGGAGGUUUAUUGCGCAAUAAGUAUAUUGAAGGGGAUUGGAAGAAUAUAUUUAAAAGUGAAAUUUGGGAACUCUCAGAAGAUGACAGUAAAAUUGUUCCUGCAUUAAGAGUUAGUUAUCAUUACCUUCCUUCACAUUUAAAGCGGUGUUUUGUUUAUUGCUCAAUAUUUCCCGAGUAUUAUGAAUUUGACAAAGACGAAUUAAUUUUGUUCUGGAUGGCUGAAGACCUUUUACAACCAAAGGAAAACAACACAUUAGAAAAUGUUGGUUGUGCAUAUUUUGAUGAAUUAGUUGCAAGGUCAUUUUUUCAACCUUCCAAUACUAAUGAAAAGUUAUUUGUAAUGCAUGAUCUUAUGCAUGAUCUAGCAACAUUUUUUGCUGGAAAAUUCUAUUUCAAAGUCAAAGAAUUCGGCAAUCAACACAUGAUAGACAGCAAAACUCGUCAUUUGUCAUAUGCUGCUACAGAAGAUGAGGAUAGCAUCAAAUUAUUUCAAGAGGCCAAUAAUAGAGCAGUACACAUGAGAACGUUUCUAUAUUUUUCUUUUGUUCACCUUCGUAAAUCAAUUGAUAUUGAAAGCGAUCCUUGCCUGUUACGCCAACAAUUGGGUUGUUUAAGAGUUUUAUCAUUUGAACAGCUUUUGCUAGCGUCAUUGCUUGAUUCAAUAGGUGAAUUAAUCCAUUUGCGUUAUUUGAAUCUGUCACACCUAUUGUGA